GUACUAUCAGUGUGUGAAAUCAGCACCAUUCCAACAUGUCGGUUCAGAUGACGAGAUAUAAGCAGGCGCAGUUUGCGGAUGAGGAUAGCAGCAGUAUUGGAUCGAUACAGAUCAACGAGACGACACGCAGCCCUACGAUGCAUAUUCGCUAUCAUGCCGCUAGAGGAACAUCGCUGUGGAACGCUCGGAGUAAGCUGGAGAAGGUCUUGCUGUUGCUGCUUGCGUUCUCGAUCAUACUGAUCGUGGUGCUGAGCAGUUUACUCGCGAACGAUAGUACGCGGAUUCUGCACGUGCGUCCUCACGUAGGUUCGGACCCUUUCGGAGUGGAUGAACAGCUGCCCUGCCUCAAUCAGCACUGCAUCUUUGCGGCUAGCGAGAUACUGCACUCGAUCGACUGGAGCGUCGAUCCGUGCGAUGAUUUCUACGCCUUUUCGUGCAAUCAGUGGAUCCGCAACAAUCCCAUCCCGGAGGGUAAAUCGAUGUGGGGUCUGUUUGGGAAGCUGGAGCAACAGAAUCAGCUCGUGCUGAAGAAUGCACUCGAGCGUCCAAUGUCGGAGUUUAAAUCGAAGGCAGAAAAGAAGGCCAAACUGUACUACCAGUCGUGUCUGGAUGAGGAUGAAACGAUGGAGAAGCUGGGUGCGGAACCGUUGCAGAAGUUGCUGCGCCAAAUUGGUGGCUGGAAUGUGACGGCGAACGCGAGUGGUUUUGAUGUGCAGAAGUGGUCACUGCAGAAGACGCUUCAGACGCUUCAAAUACGGUAUAAUAUGGGUGGAUUAUUUGGAUGGGCGGUCGGUGAGGAUGAUCGCAACUCUAGCAAGCAUAUAAUACAGAUCGAUCAAGGAGGACUCACACUCCCAUCCAGAGACAACUAUCUGAACAAAACGGCAAACGCGAAGAUUCUGACGGCCUAUCUGGAAUACAUGACAAAGGUGUCCGUGUUGCUCGGUGCAGACGAAACAGACGCUCGACGUCAGAUGCUCGAGGUGAUUGAGUUUGAGACGCGUCUUGCUAACAUCACAACGCCCCAAGAUAUGCGUCGUGACGAGGAAACGCUCUACCAUCCGAUGACACUAGCGAUGUUGCAGGAGAAGGCCCCAUUCAUUAACUGGCAGGAGCAUUUCGAGGAAGCGUUCCGGUUGGUUCGUCGCAAGAUUACCGAGAAGGAGCGAGUUGUCGUGUAUGCUCCGGAGUACCUCGAGAAGUUGAACAUCUUGAUGAAGGAGUACACCUCGAAGGACGAAAAGAAAAUCAUCCUGAAUAACUAUCUGGUGUGGCAAACGGUACGGACACUAACCGCCUGCCUGUCUAAGGCGUUCCGGGAUGCGUAUAAAGGCCUCCGGAAGGCACUGAUGGGUUCGGAUGGUGGUGAGGAACUCUGGCGAUACUGUGUCUCGGAUACAAGCAACGUGCUCGGGUUCGCCGUUGGUGCCAUGUUUGUACGGGAUGUGUUUCACGGUGAUUCCAAACCCCAGGCAGAAGACAUGAUCAAUCAGGUACGGGAUGCGUUCAAGGAGAAUUUUAAAAACCUUGCCUGGAUGGAUGCAGAGACACGACGACUGGCGGUGGAGAAGGCGGAUGCGAUUAGUGAUAUGAUUGGUUUCCCGGAUUACAUCCUCUAUCCGGAAGAGUUGGAUAAGAAGUAUCAGGAUUUGACGAUUGAUCCGAAGACCUAUUUCGACAACAACAUCAACUACAACAUCUACAGCUUGAAAAAGAACCUAGAGAAAUUGGACCAACCGGUCAACAAGACGAAAUGGGGCAUGACACCUCCAACGGUGAACGCGUACUACACGCCUACCAAGAACCAGAUCGUAUUUCCGGCCGGAAUUCUUCAGAAUCCCUUCUUCGACAUAAAGAACUCCAAGAGUUUGAACUACGGCGCGAUGGGUGUUGUGAUGGGGCACGAGCUAACACACGCAUUCGAUGAUCAGGGCCGAGAGUAUGACAAGUAUGGUAAUCUGCAUCAAUGGUGGAACAACCAGACGAUCGAGCGGUUCAAGAAUCAGACCGAAUGCUUCAAUCAGCAGUACAGUGCCUACCGGAUCAAUGGCAAGAGCAUCAAUGGCAAGCAGACAAUGGGUGAGAAUAUUGCGGACAACGGUGGCCUAAAGGCGGCAUUCCAUGCGUAUAUUAACAACGAGAAGAACAGCUACACGGACACGGAUACGUUACCAUUGCCGGGUGUUAAUAUGACGCAUCGGCAGCUGUUCUUUGUCUCGUUUGCGCAGGUUUGGUGUUCGGCGGUAACGGACGAGACGACCACGCUGCAGAUUGAGAAGGAUUCGCACUCGCCGCCAAAGUAUCGCGUGAUAGGACCGUUGUCGAAUCUGAAAGAAUUUUCCGACACGUUCCACUGUCCACUAGGUACCGGGAUGAAUCCAUUGGAUAAAUGUGUUGUCUGGUAGGGUGUUUCCCGGAGCGAGAGAGAGGGAGAGUGUGUUACU